AUGGAUUACCUGGUGCUAGUAACGACGCUUAUAGCACUGUUCAUAAGCCCAACGAUACAAGCCGCCCAGUAUCGUCCUCCUCGAAUCAUCGAACAUCCCAACAACCAGAUCGUGCCGAAGAAUGAACCCGUGACGCUGAACUGUAAGGCCGAGGGUGUGCCGGAACCGACCAUCCACUGGUACAAGGACGGUGAACCGGUGAAGCUUACACCGAACCAUGUACUGCUGCCGUUGGGUUCGUUGUUCUUCCUGCGGACGUUACACAGCAAGAAGGAGAACGACGCUGGUGUCUAUCGAUGCGUUGCGUCGAACAUUGCCGGAACUGCCGAAAGCCGCAACGCUACGCUACAGAUUGCAUUACUGCGAGAUGAUUUUCGUGUCGAGCCAAAGGAUACGCGUGUAGCGGCCGGUGAAACAGCCCUGCUGGAGUGUGGUGCCCCAAAGGGCACACCGGAACCAAUGAUCCGAUGGAUGAAGGAUGACAGCUCGAUGGAUGAGCAGCUUCGGUUCGCCAAGGAGAUCGGACGCAUCCGGAUCGUGGAUGGUGGGAAUCUGCUCAUCAGCGAUGUACGGCCGGCCGAUGGAGGGCGCUACAAGUGUGUGGCGUAUAACAUAGUCGGUUCGCGCGAAAGUUCCGUCGCGCGACUCACGGUGCAAGUAAAACCAUACUUUAAGCUGGAACCAAUGGAUACGACAGCACUGGUGGGACAACGCGUACAGUUCCUUUGCGCUGUCGACGGCGACCCGCAGCCUCAAAUCAUAUGGAGCAAAGAGAACGGUCACAUUCCUGUUGGUAGAGCCGACAUUUUAGAAGAAGACCGCAGCUUGGUGAUCCGAAGCGUGGUACCGAGCGAUCAAGGUCUGUUCAUCUGCGAGGCUCACAAUACGAUCGGUCAAAUCAGUGCCAAAGCUCAGCUCAUUGUCAACUCUCCUCCAACAUUCCUGAUAAAACCGCAAGAUCAGAAAACGGCCCUGAACGGGGUGGCAUCGUUCAAGUGUACCGCCUCAGGCAACCCCCAGCCAUCCGUGUUCUGGACGAAAGAAGGCUCCCAGACGCUCAUGUUUCCCAACAAUACGUACGACAAUAUGCAGGUUUCGGUACAGGGGACACUUCAGAUUCGCGGUGUGCAGAAAGAUGACGAUGGUUACUACAUCUGCUCGGCGCUGAGUGUCGCCGGUUCCACGACCAGCAGGGCUUACUUACAGGUUCUUACAUCGGAGGACAGCAAUCCACCCCCGAUACUGCAGAUCGUACCGGCUAAUCAAACACUGCCCCGAGGCACGGUUGCUUUGCUGCCGUGCCGUGCCAGCGGUAAUCCGACGCCCAUGAUUCGCUGGAUGAAAAAUGCGACCGAUAUCAACCUUUCCGGCGGUAACGGGCGCUUUUCAAUCAUCCAGGGUGGCACGCUAAGAAUUGAUGAUUUGCGAAAUGAGGACAGCGGCUGGUAUCGAUGUGUGGCGUAUUCUGAGAAAGGUGAAACCUCGUGGAGCGCAUAUUUAAUGGUUGAAAGUAACCUUUCUUCAAUGCAACAUCGUUCACACAAUGCCGAACUGCUGCCAUCGGCACCGGGAAUACCGAAAGCGGUCAAUAUUACCAACAGCAAUAUCACACUGACCUGGACGCGCGGUCAGGAUGAUUUGCAAAUGAAUUCCGUCACUGGUGGCUAUACGAUAGAGUACUACAGUCCCGAGGAAAAGGCGGGAUGGAUUAAGGCGAUGAGUCGUAUACCCGGUUACACUGCUACGAUAACGAAUCUGUCACCUUCCACUUCGUACAUGUUCAUUAUUCGCGCGGAGAAUUCCUACGGUUAUUCGGCACCAUCACCAACAUCUGCCAUUAUUCGCACGCUUUCGGCAAAUGAUGGAGUUACAAUGCCCGAAGAAAUAGAAACUGCUCGUCUAGUGCUCAGCGGACAGAUCCUGGAAUUGGUUGACGCAGUAGCAAUCAACUCGACGACUAUCCGCCUCGAAUGGCAACUUCACAUCAGCAACACGGAAGAAUACGUGGAAGGUUUGUACGUGCGGUACCGAAAUCUUUCGGCAAUCGAUACGCAAAGCUACAGCAUGCUUACCAUACCGAUGAAUCCCUCCGAGACGUAUGUCAUAACGGGCUUGGAAAAGUUCACCCGGUACGAGUUUUUCCUAACGCCCUACUUUAAGACGGUCGAAGGACAACCGACAAGCUCGAAGGUGGUACAAACUUUGGAGGAUUUCCCCACGGGCGCUCCAAUGAAUGUGCAGACGGGCAUGGUAAACUUAACUACCGGUUUGGUGAAUUGGUCACCACCGUUGGAACAGCACCUGAACGGUGUUCUUCUUGGAUACAAGGUACAGCUACGUGCUAGCAACUCAUCGAAAGUUCUAGCCCAGAUCACACUCAACGGGCCUACGACAUCGAUUGUGCUGCAUAGUCUUACGACCGGUAUGACGUAUACGGUACGCGUCGUUGCGUAUAAUCGGGUUGGUGCAGGACCCUACUCGAAGCCUGCCUAUCUGAUCAUGGAUCCAGCACACGUCAUAGCACCGCCGAGGGCCCACAAUUCGCUCAGCGAAAUCGAUGGUUACAGGCAGCAGGGACUGCUGCACGAGACCUGGUUCAUGGUACUGCUGAUAGUAUUGCUGUUGGUUAUCUUAACGAGUGGAUGUUUCGGCGCGGUAAUGUUUUUCCGCAACCGUGCGAAGGUUAACAAAGAGAUGAUAAAUGCUACGAUCGCUGUCAACGCCAGUAUGGACCCUAGCCGUCGACCGAUGAUGGUGUCACGGAGAGAUGGAUUAUGGAUUGAUCGUGGUCGGAGAUCGAUCGAUACGGAUAAGGAUUCUGGACUGAGUGAAGCUAAAUUGUUGGAAAGUUCUCAAAACACUUCCAACUAUGCGGAUGUCAGUACGGAUUAUGCCGAAGUGGAUCCAAGAAGUAUAACGUCAUUUUACAACAGUCGUAAGUCUCCAGACAAUCCCUCUCCCUACGCAACAACAGUCUUAGUAAAUGGAAACUGCAAUGAAAAUGGUAAAAUAUGCUACCAAGGGUUAGAUGGGUAUAUAUCCGGUGCGUCCACCAAUCGUUCAGACCCAGCAACAUAUCUGGCGGGGCAUCCGAAAGCCUUCACUCCGGUGCCAUAUAAUCAAGCUCCUGCCAACUGGAUUGAUUUCCUUCCUCCUCCACCGGAACAUCCGCCACCGAUUCCACAAGCUUUAGACCACCAUAUACAUCUAAAUCAUGUGUAUCCCUCGGAACUGAUCGGUGGCGGUGGUGGCCUUCCACCAACCACGACUGCGAUCGGUUCUCAGGGAUCAUCCGUUCGCUGUGGAUCGGCACAAUCCGGUAGCUAUAAUGGUGGUAGCGCUCAACACUCAUAUCAAUAUGUAGAUCCAUCCCUGCUAGGACGAGGAUCAUCUAGGAGCAGCUCGAACGAAUGCACCAUGCGUAACGUUCCACCGCUUCCGCUGCCGAAUGGUCCCCAGCAGCAGCAACACUUCCUGCCGUAUAUGAACGGUACGCCCGGCUCCGCGGAGCAGUCACCCUACUUCAACGAUGAAGUGUACAACAGUCCUGUGAAGAACGGUGACAUUAACUAUCAUCCGUAUCGGAUGCCUAAUUCAUCGUCGGCAUCUUCCAUAUCAUGCUGCCAGUCGAAUCAUUCCCGUAGCAGCCAUUCGGCCGGUUCGAAAAACCAUGACUUUCUAGACCAACAGCAACAUCAUCAUCUUCAACACCAGCAGCAGCAGCAGCACCAACUGCACAGCAAUAUGAUGCUGCAAGGACCGCCUCAUUUAACCAAACUUAAUGGAAUAGGUAGCUACGAUGGGCUUACCCCAUCAAAGGUGGUAUCGUUCAACGAACAGUAUCAAAUGCUAGAUGAAAGCAGCAUCAACGGCGAACCGGGUGGCAGAACUGAACACGAAAAUUGCACCUACUUCACCAACUAUUCCGAUGCGUCCGGCGCUAGCAGUAGCAGCGGCAGCGGCGGUUUCCGAAUGCAUCCCAAGUUUGUGAAAACCGUGCACGUAAAUAUUGAAAAUGCCAUCAACGGUAACUAUCACCACCAUCACCAGCAGCAAAUGCACCGAGAUCAAACGAUAGGCACCGUGCCGCAGCAGCAACCCAUCAUCACCAAUGGUCAUCACAAUCACAACCACCACCAGCAGCAGCAUCAUCCGUACGUGUACAAUCAGCAGCCGCAGGAACCGAUCACCGAGCACGAAGAGACGGAAACUGACAAAAUGCUAACCGGUGGCAGUAGCUUCAGCGAAAACGAUGACCAUACGGCGAGCAACGGUGGUUCCGGGCCGGAUUCCGACACCCACGACGAGGUGACGAAGAAGCUUUGCAAUGGCCGUGAAGAUGAUGCAUCCAUUUGUCCGGUGUAUGAGGAACCGGUGCAUCAACCCUCAUAA